GCUUUCCAGCAGGAUGGUGUUGUGCUCGCUGCUGCUGCUCCCCUUCCUCCUGACAACAGUUUCAAGCAACUCAGCCCCCUACUUCGACAUGAGCCUCCUCGUCUAUGUGCCUGAGGACCUGCAGCUGGGCCAUCAAGCUUUCCAGCUGACAGCUGUUGACAUAGAUGGGGACCCACUCACCUACAGCAUUAGCGGUCUGGAUGCCUUCUACUUCUCUGUCAAUAGCCAAACAGGCAACGUGACACUGAGGAGCUCCCUGGACCGUGAGCUCCAGGCCAGGCUCAGCAUCAACAUCACAGUGUAUGACGGACAGAAUGAUCCAGUCACCAGAAGACUCACAGUCAUCGUGGAGGACCGAAACGACAACGCCCCAGUCUUCCAGUACCUGCCAUAUGAAAAAUCCAUCCCUGAGAGCAUGACACCUGGCAGCAGCAUCUACACCGUGUUUGCCAAUGACAGUGACACCGGGAACGCCUCCAAAGUCAGCUACAGCAUUGAGGAGGUGAUCCCAGACAACACAACAAAUUACCGGCUUUUCUACAUCCUGUCCAAUGGGACUGUGAUUCUUGGUGGCUCACUGGACUAUGCCAAGAACAUCUUCUACCAGAUCAAGAUCCUUGCCAAGGAUGGCGGGGGGAUGCUGCACAACAAUUUUACCAUCCAGUACAGCUCGACCUACCUGUCCCUGCCUAUCCAAGACCUGCCCAACCUAGACCCAUGGUUCCUCAAUGAGCCUUACACUGGCUCUGUGCCUGAAAACUGUGACCUGGGCACCACUGUGCUGACGGUCACUGCCGUGGACAGAGAUACAGGGAUUCUAGAUGAAAUCUUCUACAACAUCACCAACACCAGUGUCCCCUUUGCUAUCAAUGACACAACGGGCAUCAUCACUGUGAGUGGGUUCCUGGACCGUGAGACACUGCCAAGCGAGGAGGUGUUGCUGGAAGUCAUGGCACGUGAGAAGAAUCUGAACAUCUACGACAUGGAGGCAUGGACCAGCACUCUGGUGACAGUCGUGGUGACCGAUGUCAAUGACAACAAGCCACAGUUCUACAACUGCUCCCUCCCCAGCUGUGACUUCUCUACCAGUCCCCAGAACAACUUCAGGGGCAAUGUCAUAGAGCACUCCUCCCCCAGACUGCCCGUGUCCAAUCUCAACAUUGUCACCCACGACGCAGACAAGGGCAUCAACAGCACUUAUGAGCUGUACCUGCAGGGUCCAAAUGCCGGUGCCUUCACUGUCUCCCCCACGAGGAUUGUGGGCACAGGGGAGGUCCAGCUGCUGGUGCUAAACUCGUCUGCUGUGGACUAUGAGAUAAGCCACGUCAUGGAAGUGCAGAUCGUUGCUAAUGACACAGGCAAGCCCACGGACUGCUGCUCCACAGCCACUGUGACCAUUGACCUCAUUGACAGCAAUGACCACAUCCCUGAGUUUCCCGAGAGCACCUACAGCCUCAGAGUGAUGGAGAAUAGCCCUGAUGGCACCAUCAUUGCCUCAAACAUCACGGCCUAUGAUCCAGACAGCGGUGUCCUGGGCCAGAUCACCUACCAGCUCCUCCCAGAGAGCAUCCGAAACAUCUUUAUGGUGAACGCCACAACUGGGGCAGUGCUGGUGCGGAACGGGAGCUUGCUGGACCGGGAGACUCGCUCCAUGUACUACGUCAACCUCCAGGCCAAGGAUGGGGGCAACCUGGUGGGUACCACAGUGCUGGAGAUCACUGUGCUGGAUGCCAACGACAAGGAGCCUGUUGUUGUUGGCUCCUACUUCAUCUCAGUGCAAGAGGGACAGAACAUCAGUACACAGAUCCAGGCCAUCGAUAAUGAUGAACCUGGCAACCCCAACAGCGAACUGGGCUUCAGGAUCUUGCCAGGACCCUUCAGCAACAACUUCACCAUCAACGCAACCACAGGUGAGAUGCACAGCAAGGAGCCGCUGGACCGUGAGGCCUUGGAAGAUGAGCAGGGACAGAUAGUGGUGACGGUGGAGGUGUACGACCAUGGCGUGCCAAAGCUCAGCACCUCAGUGAACGUCACCAUCACUGUGGAGGACCUAAACGACAAUGAACCCAAGUUCCUCAAUCAGUCCUAUACGUUUUCAGUCUUUGAGGACUCUCCAGGGUCCCCUGUGGGUGAGGUGGAGGCCACAGAUGCUGAUAGGACAGAGAUCAAUUCCCGCAUUUCCUUCCAAAUUGUGAGGGGCGGUGGCUCCAGCAACUUCUUGAUCCGCUCGGUCCGCCUGGAGCCAGGGUACUAUAGUGGGCAGCUGUCUGUGGACCCUGACAUAUCCCUGGACUAUGACACCCUGCAGCAGAAGUUCUUCCUCUUGGAGGUGCUGGCAGAGAACACGGCCUCAGACAACAUGAGAAGCACUGUUAACGUCUCAGUCCACAUCCUAGACAUCAAUGAUGAGCCCCCCACCAUCCUGCCUGACUCGCUGAAGGACUUGGAUGUGAGUGAGAACGGCACACAGCAUGGUCUGGUCCGCACACUGGAAGCCUUUGACCCGGACACCAACCACUCGCUGGUCUUCGAGGAGCUGGCAGUCACCUGCUUCAAGGGGGCAGACAGUGCUGGGGAGGUGUGCUGGAACUGGUUUGUGCUGGCACCCAACGGCUCAGUGCUGGUGAACAGCUCCUACAUUGACUACGAGCUGUGCGACAGGGUGGUGCUCACGCUGCGGGUUGAAGACCUGUACACCGAGAAAGGCAACCGCUACAGCCAGAAUGAAACCCUGACGAUCCUCAUCAAUGAUGUGAAUGACAAUGCGCCAUACUUCCUUCCCAUCUCGAAGACCUUUGUCGUUGUCCCCGAGACCUCUUCUGAGAACCUGCCAGUGGCUACUGUGCAGGCCACAGAUGCUGACUCAGGGCUGAGGGGAACCAUCACCUUCAAUAUUGUGAGUGUGGUGUUUGUGGAGAACAAUGGGGCCAGUCGGCCCUUUGAGAACAUCUUCAAGGUGGAGACAACAGCCAAGGACAACAUCUACAUCGGAAGCAUCCAGGUGGUCAGCAACCUCGAUGGCUCGCUGAAGGGGCAGUACCAGGUGACAGUCAGUGCUCAGGAUGGCGAAGCACCAGUGCACACAGCAGAGACUGUGCUGACUAUUUUCACAGUAGAUCAGAGCUACCGCAUUCGCCUCCUGUUUGUGGUAACGGUGGAUGAAGUCCAGAAGAACAUCGAAAAGAUCAUAGUGGCCCUGACCACGGCAACCAAGGCAGAGGUCCACGUGGUUGGCAUCAAGACAGUGGAGGACAACCGUGCCUCCCAGGAGGAACCCAAGGCAGUGAUGGAAGUCUACUUUGUCUACAGCAAUGGCUCUGCCCUGGACAUCAAUGAGCUGAGCAUCAUCAUACAGUCGAACCGGCAGGUCCUGACUCAGCUGGUGCAAUUGGGCCUGACCUCCAUUGGCUCUGUGGAGGUGGCAGAGACCAGCAGGGAGCCAGAGCUGAUUGGUGUCAUCGCAGGGCUGGCAGUAUUCCUGCUCAUCUUCAUCCUCAUCAUGACCUUGGUCUUGGUUCUCACCACCAGGAGCUACAAGAGGAAGCUAAACGCAAUGAAGGCUCUGAAGGUCGCCACAACGUUCAACCCUGCCAUGACACAGCAAGGAGCCGGCAUCCCCGGGACCAACCAGUACAACGCUGAGGGGGCUAACCCCAUGCUGAAUCUCUCACUCGAUCCCUCCCAUGACCUGGGCUUCCAUGAGGACUCCAGUUCUGUGGCCAGCAUGAACUCCCUGGAUGAAAACUCAGUAGAUUCACCGGGGGACCACAAAAUCAAGGCCAAGCAGGACAAGGCACAGCCGACGGACCCCACAGACAAGGAGGUACUGGUGGCUGCCCUGAACCUGAAGGAGCCCAAAACAGCAUAUAUCAACACCACCUUCACCACCACGGACUUGUGA